AUAGUAACUCACCCACCACACCAACCAAUUUUUAACCAACUCACUCUCUCUUCUUCACCUUUAACAUUAACAUUCUCAUGCUUUCUUCAUCUUUCCCUAUUCUCGAUCUCAAUGUACCAUCCCAAUAACCAACUCAAACCAACAACUCUAACAAACUUAACUUCCCAAUUCACCCCAAAAUGCCCCUACCAACUAACCCUCCUUCCCCUUCACUCAUCUUCCAAACCCUUCAAACUCCAAACCCUAACAAUAACAUGCUCCUCCUCACCACCCUCACCAAUCAAAACCCUAAUCUCAAUCCUCCGUACAAUCCCCGACUGGGCCGACCAAACCCAAGAACGCGGAAUGCAGAAGAAUCGAACUCUUUACAACCACACAGACUGGGUUCAACACCGUUCCUCCCUCCGUCACGUGCGUCACUUUUUCUCUAGUCUCUCGUCACGUGUCAUUCUCUCUCUUGUUCCUCCCGUUCUGUUCUUCACCUCCUUCGCCGCGGUUGUUGCUACGUAUAACUCCGCCGUGUACUUCCAGUUGUUGCCGGAGUUUUUUCCGGUGUUUAGAGCUUCUUCGCUUCCGUAUCAGCUUACCGCGCCCGCGCUUGCGCUGUUGCUGGUUUUUCGGACGGAGGCUUCGUAUAGUAGGUUUGUGGAAGGGAAGAAGGCUUGGACUUCGGUUAUUGCGGCUGCUCAUGAUUUCGCGAGGCUUGUUAUGGCUGUUGUUGAUACUGGGACUCAAUCUGAGUAUGAGCUCAAGAAUGGGCUUUUGAAUUAUAUCAUUGCUUUUCCUCUUGUUCUCAAGUGUUAUGUGUUGUAUGGUUCAGACAUUGAGAGUGAUCUUCAACAUUUGCUAGAGGUAGAUGAUAUAGCAUUGAUCAUGAAAUCGAAUCAUCGACCUCGCUGUGUUAUUGAGUUUAUAUCGCAAAGUAUUCGGCUACUAAAAUUGGAGGAUUCUAGAAGAAAUAUCCUGGAAUCAAAGAUCACUUAUUUCCAUGAAGGAAUUGGCUUAUGUGAACAGCUUAAGGGUAUCCCCAUUCCGUUAUCAUAUACUCGCUUGACUUCGAGGUUUCUUGUCCUAUGGCAUCUGACUCUACCUAUCAUACUCUGGGAUGAUUGUCACUGGAUUGUGGUUCCUGCCACCUUUAUCAGCGCUGCCUCUUUGUUCUGCAUUGAAGAAGUUGGAGUUCUUAUCGAGGAUCCAUUUCCAAUGCUUGCACUUAAUGAUCUCUGUCGAAAGGCCCAGAAUGAUAUCCAAGAAGCAAUUGCGACGGAAAGUGUGAUUAAUGUGCACCUUGCUGCAAAGCAAAAGCACCACUCUAAAGAACAUUCACCAAAUGGCCGACCUAACUCCUGAAUCGAAGAAAAUUUUGCUGCGAAUAUCUUCUUCAACUUUUGCUUAUGAGGUGGAUCUGUAUGUGGCAUCUGUUUAGCCACAUUAGCUGUGGUUUGGAGUUAUAUCAUGUAAUUAAUCAUGAUGAUAAUUGUACUACACUUGCACCAGCUUGACAAUUUCUUAAGGAAAUUGCUUCAGAUACAUCAAUAGUGCUUUAGGAGUAUAUUAGGCUAAUGUAGUGAGUCUGUAUAUAUCAUAAAGCCAUAAUCAUGUAAAUAUAAAAUCUGCGUGUACUAUACACCAAUUUGUACCUGGUGCAGCUGUUAUAAUCUAAAAUCUUUUGAUUUUUUAGGUAA